CAGAGCAGGGUGAGGCGAACCAGGAGCCGGCUGCCCACCGCGGCGGUACACCCCGCUCUGCACGGCGUGCCACGCUCACUGCACGCCGACCUUCGCCGUUCUCAGGGGCGCCGGUGCACGUAUAAAGCCGGAGGUGGCCGGCGAGUGGCACCAAUCGGCUCUCCAGCUCCCUCCCGGCGGACCCGCGGCAGUCACAGCGGCACACCACAACAGCAGACAUGAAGGUCGUCAUCCUCGCAGCUCUGAUCGCCGCGGCCGCCGCUAGCGGCUACGGCGGCCAGGGUUCGGCCGGCUACGGCUCGGGCGGCUACAACACACCGACGGCGUACCAGUUUGACUACUCCGUCAACGACCCGCACUACGGGCCACAGUUCUCCCGCAGCGAGAGCAACGACGGCCGCACCGCGCGCGGCUCGUACAGCGUGGCGCUGCCCGACGGGCGCGUCCAGCACGUGCGCUACUACGCUGAUCAGGAGGGCUACGGCGGCUUCAACGCCGAGGUCACCUACACCGGCAACUACGGCACGCAGAGCGGGUACGGCGCGCAGGGCGGGCAGUCCUACCAUUGAACGAGACAACCCGGGAGGACAGACAACAGACCGAGACUGCCCUGAUGCAAACAAAUGAGUCUCACAGCCAAAGACUGCCACGAUCCAGACAGAAGGAGCUCGCAAGCAUUAAGACUGCCUGUUCCGGGAACAUAUCUCGAACAGCCAAGACUACUUGCUGCUGGAGGAAAAUUCGACAUAGCCAACGUCUGCCACUCCUACCCGACUUGACCUGACCUACGAUAUCUGGCUGAAUGCCCUUAAAACUCCGAGACAGCCGUCCUACCACACCAAAAUCCGUCCUUCCCAACCAAAGCGAGAGAUACCGGUGUACACAUUGUCUAUUUAUGGGAGAGUGAAUACACAUACCACCGAAGGGACCGCUGGUGUUGCCGGGAAGAGACAGGUGCGCUACGGUGGACACGAUGUGGACAUGAUAAGAAC